AUGCCGCGAUCGAACUCCGCUCCCGCACCCGCUAUCCGCUGCUGCGGUCUGUGCCCGCACCCUCGGCUCCCCUGCCCGCGCACUAGUCGUGCCCCUGGCUGGGCCUCGUGCGCGCGCCCACGCCCGCGGGCCUGCUGCUGCGUCGCUGCAAGCUGCUCUACUGCUACGGGCCUGCUGCUCGCCCACCCUGACGGCGCCCUGCCGCACCCGCCAGUCCUCGCGCCACCCGCCCUCCUCUGCUUCGGCCGCGCCCUACCAGCGCGCGCCUCGCUUCCUUCUGUUCCCGCCAGGCCAGCCGUUUCGCUCGCCGCCCGCAACUGUGCGCUCAACUGUCGCAGACCGCCCCGCCCCGCGCCGCUGCUCCGCGUGCCCGGCCGCCGCACCCUGCACCUGGCGCGCGCCUGCAGCCUCUCAACCUGCCGCGCGCUCGUUGCCAGCCGCCGUCGCUUCCUGUCGGUCCGUCCCCGCCGCUCGCCGGCGCUGGGCGCCCCUCCCCCGACCUCGCCUGCUGGCAGCGCCCGGGGCUGCCCAGCCCGCAGCCCCGUUAGCCCAGCGCCCGACAACCCGCCCCGGUCGGCCUGGGCCACCGACCAGUGCGGCCCGCCCCUGUAA